UACAAACUCUUCCUCAUUCAAACUCAACACUCCUAAAAUAAUAAGCAUAACUCUCUCUCCCACCCUUUUACUCAAACUCAUAGUCAACUCAUCCAUAGAAAGAAAAAAAAAAUGGAACCGUGAAAGAAAAACCACCAUGAACUAACCACAAGAAAACAACAUUUGCAUUUUAUAAUUUUAAGGAAGUGCUACAAAGUCAACACCCCUUCCUCUUCCCUCUUGCAGAAACCCUGUUUUCCUCUGUUUUUUUCUCUCCUCUGUUCUUUCUGCAAUGCAAGAUCUUCCAUUUUCAGCAUUGCCACACCCUUAUCCAAAGCUUAAAACUUGAACCCCCCAUUCUUUUCCACUCUCCAAUGGGUAAUCUAAUCGGCAACCUCUGCCUCUGUUCCUCCGGCGACCGCUCCGGAAGGUUCGAGAACAGAGCUUCCUUCCUUUCCAAGCAAAACCAGAAUUCCCUCGGAAACUCUAUUUGCUAUGUGAGACCCGACACGUGUCGGUUCUCCAGCGAGGCGUUUUCUGACGAUGAUGACACCCUCAUCACUUUCCGGUCGGUUUCCGGCGCUACCGUGAGUGCAAACACGUCGGCGACGCCUUCAACUUCGCUCGAUGAUUCACUUCAACACAGCACCGUUUUGGAUUCCUCUGCCUCGUUUGAGAGCUCUGGCUCCUUCACUUCUACUUUGGUGCCUUUUCAGCAUCAACACGUUCAUCGUGGAUUCUCUCUGGGAGGGUGUUCGGAAAGAGGGUUAUAUUGGGGUCCUCGUGAUCGUGUGAUGAACGAUGAAGGGUCCAUCGAGAAAGAUUCUUCUGAGGUAGCAAUGAACAAGGGAAAGGGAAGUAAAAGACAUUGGAAAAAGGUUCUGAGAAAGAUUUCCAUUGGGGGAAUGUCUGUUUUCAAGAACAAUGAUAAUACUAAUGCAAGAGUGAGUUGCAGCACUAGUUUGAGUGCUGAGACGAGUUUGCAUGGUGUGGAGGUUGAUGAUAACUAUUUGGAUAGUGAUGUGUUGAUGGGGUGUGAGAAUCUUCAUUGGGCUCAAGGGAGAGCGGGUGAGGAUCGUUUGCAUAUUGUGAUUUGUGAGGAUCAUGGAUGGGUUUUUGUGGGGAUUUAUGAUGGGUUUAAUGGCCCUGAUGCCACUGAUUUUCUUCUCAACAAUUUGUUUUAUGCCGUGAAUGAUGAGCUCAAGGAGAUGUUGUGUGGUCACAACAAGUUUGAGCUCAAGGAUUCAGACUCUUUGGAGCUGAGGGAGAAGGUGUUGUUUAGGGGAAAUGGAGUGGUUGAUGGUUGUUGUUCUUCAGGUGAUAAUAGAGAAAAUUAUCCAAUAGAAAAUGGAGAGUUGAAUUUGGAAUGUGAGUCAGAAAGAGUAGAGGGAAUGAAUGGGAUAAACAGUGAAAGAGUGGAUUUGAGUCACUCAGAAGUAUUACAGGCUCUAUCAGAGUCAUUGAGGAAGACUGAGGAUGUUUUUAUGAGGACUGCUGAAGAGAUGAUUGGUCACAACCCUGUGUUGGCUAUGAUGGGUUCUUGUGUUUUGGUGAUGUUGAUGAAGGGUCAAGAUGUUUACCUGAUGAAUGUGGGAGAUAGCCGUGCUGUGUUGGCCACUCACAGUGGGGAAUCUCUACAGCUCACCAAGGAGCAUAGCACUCAAGUGAAAGAGGAGGUUUACAGAAUCAGGAAGGAGCAUCCUGAUGACCCUUUAGCAGUAACUAGAGGCCGAGUGAAGGGUCGCUUGAGUGUCACAAGGGCUUUUGGGGCAGGGUUCCUUAAGCAGCCUAAGCAAAACAAUGCAGUAUUAGAGACUUUCAGAGUGAGCUACAUAGGGGAAUCUCCAUACAUCACAUGUUUCCCUUCACUCCACCACCACAAGCUCAAUCCAAAUGACAAGUUCCUCAUACUGUCUUCAGAUGGACUCUACCAAUACUUCACCAACGAAGAAGCAGCUGCCAAAGUAGAGUCAUUCAUCACCAUGUUUCCUGAUAGAGAUCCUGCACAACUUCUCAUUGAAGAAGCAUUAGAUAGAGCAGCAAAAAGGGCUGGUUUGGAGUUCCAUGAACUGCUUGAUAUUCCACAGGGGGAACGCCGUCAUUACCAUGAUGACAUUUCCAUUGUCAUAAUCUCCUUAGAGGGAAAAAUAUGGCGUUCAUUGGUGUAAAUUUGCAGAUCGGAUUAUGAGUAUAGCAACUAAGCACACAGAGUCUUUGACACUUUCUGAAACUUUGGGAAAUUCCUUCUAGUUCUUCUUUUGUUACCCUUUUUGACAUAUUUUUUUAAUACCAAUGAUCCAACACUAAGGGCAAUCUACACUUAAAAUUCCUUCUAGAAAGACCAGUUUUGUGUUGAUGACCAAUUAAUUUGUUUGGUUUUUUUUGUUCA